GCAGCUGUCACUCCCAACCUGAGAGGGAGUCGGGGGUGAAGCAGUGAGACAGAAAACAUGAGUUGAUUUAGUCUUAGAAGACUAAAAAGGUUAAAAGAGUGUUUCUAAAAGGUUCCUGUGUACUUAUAGUGAAACACUGAGGCAGGAGGCCUGAGUGCUUUGACAUUUCACAGAGGGGACCUCACCGCUCUUAAACCUAUUGGAAGGGACCAUGGCGGUGGCUGCUAAUGCUACAUGAUCUCAGCUGGACUUACACCUUACAGCCGGUGCUCAGUAAAGGACACGUAGAGACGCGGGGCUUUACCAAAUGAUUUGAGAUGAAAUAUUUGGCUCCAUGGAUCCUGUUACCUUCACUUGGACUCUGCGGGGACGUCCAAAGGGAUUCCUGUCGGCUUUAAUGGCAAAAGUGAGUCCCCGUUGCCAAACACCCUCUCUGUACUCGCUGUGAGCCCAGAGAUAUCUGAGCUAAUGGAGUCUUUCAGAAGAAGCCCUCAGUAGCUGCAGCUCAUCUUGAUACCCCAAUCAAUUAGCAGAUAAAAAGUGCAGUCUGUAAAGAAGUGUGAAAGAAGUCAAGAUGGCAGACGGCCUUGGAUCCAGUCCCAGCUUCAGCAUCCCUUCCAAGAGGCCCAAAGUCGCCAAGGACCAGGUUGUUCCAGGUGCUGAGGUUGAAGAACCAACGCCGCCAGUCUUCACCCGUAAACUCCGCAAGGCAGCAGUGGGAACAGGUUGCGAUAUCCGACUGAGGGUGUCGGUGGCGGGAUUUCCAAAACCUUUGCUGAGCUGGUACCACAACGAUGAGAUCCUUCCUCCAUCAGAAGCCCAGGACUCAGGAGGGCUGUGGAUACGGGACUGCCGCACGUGUGACGCAGGCUUGUAUGCGUGCGUGGCGACCAAUGAGCUGGGAGAGGCGAGCUGCAGCGCUGUCCUGGCUAUUAUGGACCUCGGUGAAGACUCUGAGACCACAGAAGAUGAGACCACAGAACCUCAGAUGGAAACCAAAGAAGGAGGGCCCGGGAGGCACCAAGACAAGGCUGGACGGAGAGGACCUUCAGGUGAGGGAGGAGGGAUGAUGGACUAUAACCCGGACGCUUCAGACCGCAGGGCCACCCUUCCCGGUGGCUACGACCCCGUAGUGGAGCGAGAGCUCCGCGCACUGGGUUCCCGCCCUCCGGGUUCCCACUUGGACCCCACAAACCCAGCAAGGACUCAAACUGCUGAUGAAUCCCCCCAUGCCCCUCCACCCAAAAACACCAUCAGUAACCCAAACGAAGAUCUGGGUCAAACCAAACCUUCAUCUUCUAACUCAGACCAGGCGUUAGGUGUUAACAGUGCUGUCAUGACGCCCAAAAUGGCUCGUGCCGGGCCGAGGAUCUUCGACAAGGUCCGUGCUUUUGAGGAGCGAAGGGCUAGCGUGGAACUGCCCGGAGGAUCUGCAUCACGAUCUGGAUUUGGACGAGCAGCUUCCUUCAACUCAGAAGGCCUCAGCAAAGAGGAGGGUCAAAUGCUGCAGGGCGUAGCCCAGAAGCGAGCGGCGUUCAAGCAACGGGCCUCUUCUUUAGAGGACAAGACGAGCUACUCCCAGAGGGUCCAGAGCUACCAGAGCAAAUUCACUGAAGAGCUACAGAGGAUCAAGAAACUUGUGGGGAAACCAAGCUUGAGGAAGUCGUACUCCACCGAGCAGCUGUCAGAGAAAGAGAGGCUGACCACGGGGAAAGUGGAGCCCAUUCCUCCCCAAGUUGUUAAAAAGCUGGAGGCACGGGAGCGAGCGGCGGAGGACGGAAAAGUCGGGGAAGGGAACAGCAGAUUGCAGAUUUCUCUGCAGGCCCGAGGCAAAGGUCCAAGCAACAACCCUGAGAAGGAUAAGAUGACACAGCCAGAUUCACAGGGGAAACCAGCGGAUGGCUCAUCACAAGGAAGCAUGGGGAAAAUCUCUGUUACCAUGGAGACGGCACCAGUUCACCAGUUACCAGGACAACCAUUGCCAACAGCCUCAAGGACAAGCCUUACCAGGGAAACCCAACAAAGCUCUCCGGCAGCUCAAAAAUCCUCCUCCAGAGAUCUGAACUCAAAGACGGACAACAAAGCAGACACUAGAUCAACAAGCCCGCACGGGAAGAGAGCAUCCCCAAUAACCGCACCAGGCUCCCAGUAUCCACCCAAACCACCCCGACUCACCCCAUCGCCAACUCCUUCCAUCAGCCCUCUCCUGAAAAGGAGGAGGGCGGAGGCGAGUCGGACGUCUCCGGGCUUGAAGGUGAACAUCCCCAUCAUCCUGUUGGAGGAUGAACCCAUGGAGACGGAGUGUGUCGCAGACAUGAGUAACGACGAGGGAACAAAGACCAGGAGGAAAGAGGGGAAGGUUCGCAAGAGCAAGAAAGGACGUCAGCCCAGAUCUCCAGAGGAAGACGGCUCGUCCGAUGACUCGUGUCUGUCUGCUGACGACGAGACAGCCGAGGGCCCGAGGUUUGAGAAGCCACCUGAGGACACGACGGCGUCCAGCGGCACCGAGGCCGUCCUGACGUGCAUCAUCACCGGGAGCCCGCCCCCUACAGUGACAUGGAGGAAGAGCGGCGUGGAGAUCCAGAGCGACGCGUUCCACGUGGUCAAAGCUGAGGCGGAGAAGCACAGUCUGGUGAUAAAGCAGAUGAGGCCGAGCGACGCGGGGUCAUACCGCGUCACGGCUGUCAACCCGGCGGGCAGAGAGUCCUGCAGCGCCACGCUGUUCCUCCAAUCAGAGCCUACCCACAGGCAGUGUGGGAAACUGGCUGGGAUCUUGGAAGUCAGUAGUCCGACUCAGUCAGACGAGGAGUACCUGAGCCCCCAGGAGGAGGAGGCGAUGGAGGUCGGGGACUCACCUGCUCCGAGUAAAAGUGUCCACUUCAAGGAGCCUCCGUCGUUUCAGGUGGCUCCGUGUGACCAGACGGUGACUGAAGGUCAAGAUGUCGUCAUCUCAGCGAAGGUCAGCGGGCAGCCCAAGCCGAUGGUCUACUGGUUGAAGGACAGAGUCACGGUGAAGACAGCGGGGCGCUUCGCCGUGCGCGAGACCGACGACGACGCGAGAGAACUGAGUAUCAGCUCAGCCCAGAGGAGCGACGGCGGGCUCUACAUCUGCAAGAUCAUCAACGAGAUCGGAUCCAAGCAAGCUGAGUGCAGGGUGGACGUCAGAGCAUCUGCGGCUCACACGUCGCUGAACAUCAUCAGGGAGGUGACAGACGUGGCGGUGAGAGCUGGAGAGUCGGCCAUGUUCGAGUGUCACGUCACAGGACCUCCAGACGUGGACGUGGACUGGCUGUCUAACGGGAAACUGAUCCAGCCGGCGCUCCUCAACUGCAAAAUGCACUUUGAUGGCAGGAGGUGCCGUCUGCUGCUGAACUCCGUACACGAGGACGAUAGUGGAACGUACACCUGCAAGCUGAGCACGGCUAAAGAGGAGCUGACCUCAAGCGCAAACCUGAGGGUCUCCCCAACCAGGGAGCCUCUGUUCACCCGUAAGCUGGACAUCCUGGAGGUCAUCGAAGGUCGCACCGCCCGGUUUGACUGUAAAGUGAGCGGCUCGCCCGCUCCUCGAAUCACGUGGAUGCAUUUCGAGACGAGAGUGGAGGAGAGCGAUAAUGUUCGCAUCCUCCAGGAGGGCGGCCGUCACUCACUCGUCAUCGCCCAUGUCAGCAGCGACACGGAGGGCUUCUACACGGCGGUCGCUCAGAACGUCCACGGAAAGUCUGAAUGCACCGCCGAGCUCUACAUGCAAGAACCUCGAGCUGCCAUCUCCUCUCACAUGGCCAAGUUAGAAAAGAUGCCAUCCAUCCCAGAGGAGCCUGAAAUGCUGGAGCGCGAAGUGGAGAGGAGGACCAUGCCCGACUUUGUCAAACCUCUGGCGGACGUGGAGGUGAUCGAAGGCAAAGAGGUGGUGCUGAAAUGCAAAGUGACGGGCCUGCCCUACCCGACCAUCGGCUGGUAUCACAACGGGAAGCGCAUCGAGAGCAGCGAGGAGCGCAAAAUGACCCAGCACAGGGAUGUCCACAAUCUGCUCAUCCGGAGCGCUUGUCACGCUCACGGGGGCGUCUACAAGGCGGUCAUCUCCAACAAAGUGGGCAAGGCAGCCUGUUACGCACACCUAUACGUCACAGACAUCGUUCCCGACCCUCCUGACGGCCCUCCAGUGAUCGAGGCAAUCACAGGGAAAACUAUCAGCCUCAGCUGGAAGAGACCGAAGAGGCUGGACUCUUCGUUUGAUUGCAGCUGCUUGCUCUACGUGGUCCAGCAGCAGCCUCUGGGCUCCAUCCAGUGGUCCGUCGUGGCGUCUAACCUGAGAGAGACCAACUACACCGUCACCUCCCUGUCCAAGGGAGUCCGCUACGCUUUCAGAGUCCUGGCGUCCACCGGGAAGACGUCGAGCAAGCCGUCACCGUCCACUGACCUGGUCCAGCUGCUGGACAGAGGACCAUAUCUGAGGAAAGCACCCAUCAUCCUGGAAAAACCUGACGUCGUUUACAUGGUGGAGAACCAACCUGCGAGCAUCACCAUCACGCUGAACCACGUGCAUGCAGCCGUCACCUGGAAAAGGAGGGGGGUGGUGCUGGCCAGCAGACCGGGGACGUACGAGAUGAGCAUGCCAGACGACGAUCAACACACCCUGAAGCUCCUGCGAGUCCGAGGCACAGACGUCGGCCAGUUGGUGGUCACAGCCAGCAACCAGUUUGGCAGCGACCUCUGCACGCUUCAGCUGACCAUGGCAGUGCCUCCGAAGUUUGAAACCAUCAUGGAGGAUGUGGACGUGCACAUCGGGGAGACGUCCCGGCUGGCUGUCGUGGUCGAAGGGAAACCAGACCCGGACAUUCUGUGGUAUAAGGACGACGUACUGCUCUCCGAGAGCAGCCACUUCACGUUUGUGUACGACGACCCAGAAUAUUCCCUCGUCGUCCUCAACGCCCAGCCCGAACACUCGGGCGUGUACACCUGCACCGCCAAGAACCUGGCCGGGCCCAACUCCUGCAAGGCCGAGCUCACGGUCCACACAGAGCGGAAAGAAGCAGCCGAGCCGAUGGAGGACGAGGGGACCAUCCUGAGGAAGAUGAGGCGUUUGACAGAUUACUACGAUAACCACAAAGAGAUAGGGAGGGGCGCCUUCUCGUAUGUGAAGAGGGUGACACAGAAAAAAGGAAAGGCCGAGUUCGCCGCCAAGUUCAUCUCCGCGCGAGGAAAGAGGAAAGCCUCGGCCCUCCGAGAGAUGGACCUGCUGUCCGAGCUGGACAACGAGAGGAUCCUGUAUUUCCACGACGCCUUCGAGAAGAAGAACGUGGUGGUGCUCAUCACAGAGCUAUGUCACGAGGAGUUUCUGGAAAGAAUGGCCAAAAAAACAACAGUCAAGGAGCUGGAGAUCCGCUGGAGUGUUCAGCAGCUUUUGGAAGGUCUUCGUUAUCUACACCAAAAAAGCAUCGCCCACCUUGACAUUAAGCCUGAAAAUAUUUUAAUGGCGAGCCCCGGCAGUGACCUGAUCCGCAUUUGCGACUUCGGCAACGCCAUAAAACUGGAGACUUCCGAGGAGUACUACUGCAAAUACGGCACGCCGGAGUAUGUCGCGCCAGAGGUUGUUAAUCAAACUCCAGUCUCCACAGCAACAGACAUAUGGCCCGUUGGUGUCAUCACUUACCUCUGCCUGACGGGUGUGUCUCCUUUCGCUGCUGAGAACGACAGAGCCACCGCCUUAAACAUCCGAAACUACAACGUGGCGUUUGAGGAAAGCAUGUUUUCUGACCUCUGCAAAGAAGCGAAGGGAUUUGUCAUCAAACUCUUGGUGGUGGAUAGACUGAGGCCGAGUGCCAUCGAGUGCCUUCGUCACCCUUGGUUCAAGUCACCAACAAACAAGAUCAUCAGCACAGCUAUGCUGAAGCAGGUUUUAUCAAGAAGGCGAUGGCAGCGCUCCCUCAUCAGCUACAAAUCCAAGAUGGUAAUGCGAUCGAUCCCAGAGCUUUUGAGUGAUUCAUCCAGCCACGUCUCCAUCGCUGUGGCACGGCAUUUAAAAGAAAGCUCCCCGCCACCAUCCUCUUCCUCCGACUCGGAUGCAGAUGUGGACGAGCUCCCCUUUAUUCCCAUGCCACUGUCCAUGGUCUUCUCCGGCUCCAGGGUCUCUCUUAACGAGAUCCCGGGGGACGAAGAUGUCACCGCGUGGCCGAGUGUUGCUGCUGAUGGGACGAGGAAAAAGAACGACAUGGAGAUACUGGCUAACACAAGUGUGAAAAAUGAAGAAGAAACCCAGAAUGAGGAGACGAUGGAAAAGACAAAACGAGCCCCACUUAAAAAAGGAUCAAGUGUGGAGUCGGACGACUCGCAGACAAAAGCCAGGCGGGCUACCAUGAGGAGAGGCAGCUCUGCUGAUUCAGCACUGCUUCUCCACAUUGACCCAGAAGAGGGAAACUCCAACAACGAUUUGGAAACAAGUACCAAGAGCCUGAAAAAGGCCGUUUCCAUGGAGCUACCCAAUCGCUGUCCGAGCCCGGGAGCGGCAAAGUUAAGCCAGGAGGAUUAUGCCCUAAAACUGGAGCUGAUGAGACAGCGGUUGCUCAGGGGAGGAAACGUGGACAAAAAGAUGAGCGGCCUUCGAGGGCCCUUAUUUGAAACACUCGGCAUGGAAGAUGAGAGGCGGACCGGGUCUCUUGAUCGCAACUUGAGGAGAUCCAGAGCGGGGCCAUCAACGCUCAUCAGAGCAGCUUCUUCGUCUGAGAGCUCUGGGGAGGACGUGCCACAGACCAAAGUUUUUCGUAAAAGCGCCUCCUUCACUCAGGGGGAUUCUGAGCCCAUGCCUUUACAUCGCAGGUUCGGAGCCCCUUUAGAGAUCCCAUCGGUGGGCAACGGCAGCGUAGACGGGAGGAAGCUCCAGGAGGCAACGUCAAUGUCUGCACUUACAGAACAAACAGCACUGGAGUCUGCCUCACCUACAACAAGGACUUCCUUUAUAUUCCCAACACCAGGAGGAUUGGACCAACAGAAAAAACAGAGCAAUGUGAAAGAACGUGAGGAAAGCAUGAAUGAGAAGAACAUGGAUGUGAUAACAGAGAAGAGGACCAAAACCCAGUUAGAAAAGGCAGAUAAAGGAGAGUCUAGAUCACCCUCUGUAAUCACUCCUAUAAUUGUAAUCGAGGAAGACAAUGAAGAAGAAGAGAGGAAAGAUGAGCAAACACUACAAAAUAGUAAACCAUCAUCUGCGUAUGCAAGCGGCACUCAAGCUGUUGCAUCUACAGCCAAACCAAAUGAAACAAAGUCCACAGAUACCCCCACAUUACCCGAACACGCAGCAGUAUUUGCCAAAGUAGCAACUGCUAACCGAUCUCCCGGCUCUGUUACCACAUCAUCAAACCCCGAUCUUCCUAAGGUCCGCAGCCAACCUGUGCUCAGAACAGACAUCAAAGAUAUCGACUCGGAGGAGGUCUUUGAAGCCAGGUUUAAGAAGCGGGAGUCGUCUUUGACUCGUGGCCUCCGAAAACUGACCAGAAACAAAUCAGAGGAGAAGUCACCUGUGCUAAGUCGGAAAGGUGUCGAAGGGGGUGAGGAGGUUUACAGGCCGGGGGCAAGGGGGGCUCCUCUUGAAAUGGUAUCCAAAGGACUGCAAGAGAAGUCCAAAUCUGUUCAAGAUCUAAGAGAAGAUGAUAAGGAACCAGGGCUUGGUCUAAUUGGGAGGUUUUCCUUGCGGUCCAAGAGGUCAACAUCCGUUGAUAAGAAGGGCGAUAAACCAAAGGAGGAAAAGCAACAGAGUGUUCAGGAAACUGCUGUAAGCAAGAGGGUUUCAUGGGCUAUUGGCCGCAGUAAGUCCCUGGAUACAAAGGAGCUGAGCAGUGCAGGGAUGCCGAGGCAGCUGGAAGAGAAAGAACAAAGAAAAGCUGAGGAGUCAUCGGUUUCUGCUAUGAGGCGCAAGUUUGAGUCCAAAGUGGCAGGAAUUUCUGCCAAGAUAAGGACCCAGUCAGAGGAAAGGAAGGAUAAAGAUGCUGAGGGAAGUCAGAAAGAGCUGGCGCAGAAGGAUUUAAAUAAAGUCACUGAUUCUCCCAUCUUGGCAAUGCGACAGAAGUUUGAGAACAAAGUGUCAGGAAUAUCCACAAAGAACCGCAGUCAGUCUGAGGAAAGAAAAGCGGAUGCAGAAGAAAAGAGGACACCCCUGUUUACCCGCCAUCGUCAUUCCCAGUCUGAAGGGCGUGGACUCAAAGGAAUGGGCAUCCCUGAGAACCAACUAGCGAAACAGACCGGCGCUGGUGCAUCCAAGGAAUCAAUCGAAUCCGCGUCUAGUAUCCAUUCCGAAAAAGCCCCGGAGAGCGACAGGAGAUCGCGGUGGGACAGGUGGGGAUUGACGAGAAGCAAGAAAGACAAAACCCCGUCCCAGUCUGAUCUGCCUUCAUCCACCUCCAAAGAGGAGGGUUUGUCAAAAAGCCAACAGUUUAUCCGCUCGGCGUCGGACUUCGCCCCCGUGUUCCACAUCAAACUGAAAGACCACGUCUUACUGGAGGGGGAAUCCAUCACUCUGAGCUGCCUUCCAGCUGGAAGUCCACAUCCAGAAAUUACAUGGAUGAAAGAUCGGAAGCCGCUGGAGGUGGACGACAGGAUCAACCUGAUCUCCCACCCGGACGGCCGGCAACUUCUUACGAUCAUGAAGUCGAGCCAGAGGGAUGCUGGAGUUUACGAAUGUGUAGCUACAAACCUUAUAGCUACCAUCACCACCUCCUGCACACUGUCCAUAGCUUGUGUCCCAAAACGACCAGGCACCCCUGAAGUGCCCCAGACUUACAACAACACCGCCCUGGUGCUCUGGAAGCCUGCAGACACCAAGCCUCCAUGUAGCUACACCCUGGAAAGAAAGACAGAAGGUGACUCAAAGUGGCUGAUUGUAGCCACGGGAGUUGUCGACUGUUACUACAACGUCACAGAUCUAUCAACAGACGGCAUGUUCAGGUUUCGCGUCACCUGCGUCAACAAGGCAGGACAGGGACCGUACAGCAACUGCUCUGCUGCGGUCAGCCUGGACUCAACAGGUGGAGGAGCUUCACCUUCUGUGGCCGUUGUAAAAACAGUCCCAGCUCCACCUGAACCAGCUGUCACCUCCCCGAUGAACGUGCCUCCACUUAGACCAGUCCAGAACAAAGCACCCAGUAUAACCACCUCCACCUCUCCAGCUUCGCCUUCUGCUGCGUUACCUCUUCCACCUACGUCACCAUCUAUCCCCACCCCUCCGUCCUCUCUGCCCUCCAGCCCGACGACAAACCUCCCAUCAUCACCCACAGGCACAACAGCCGAGGAUGCUCCAAAACUCAGCUCCACUCUUUCCUCUUCACCUACAGUCAAACCACCUCCACCCUUUGUCCUCCCCAAACCACAAAGUCCAAUAAACGUGGUGUCUCCCAUGACUCAGACCCAACCAAUAUCCCCACCACCCACUCUUGUAACGCCACCAUCAACACCAACCAAACCAGCAGUGGCUUCAGUGCCCACAUAUGUCCCCACCACUACCGUCACGGCUCGCGUGGCCCCAACUCCCAUCUCCUUUUGCCCACAAGUGCUGCAGGCCUCUAGCCUGAGCCCCAUCGGUGAAGGGACCAGUACCCCCACCAGAGGCACCCCAUCAGGACGCUCUACGCCAUCCACUGUUCUACGACAGGGGGUCCCACAGAAACCCUACACCUUCCUCGACGAGAAAGCCAGGGGUCGUUUCGGAGUUGUCCGAGAGUGCCGUGAGAACGCAACAGGCAAAAUCUACAUGGCGAAGAUCAUUCCCUACAGCCAGGAGAACAAGCAGGAAGUCCUGAAGGAGUACGAGAUCCUGAAAUCCCUCCACAACGAAAAGGUCAUGUCACUGCAUGAAGCCUACGUCACGCCGCGCUACCUGGUGCUCGUGGCAGAGUACUGCACUGGCAAAGAGCUGCUGUACACCCUCAUAGACAGGUUCCGUUACUCCGAGGACGACGUGGUGGGUUACCUGGUCCAGAUCCUCCAAGGGGUCGAGUACCUCCACAAUCGGCGCGUCCUCCACCUGGACCUCAAGUCAGACAACAUCAUGGUGACCAACCUCAACGCUGUAAAGAUCGUUGACUUUGGAAGCGCUCAGAGCUUCAACCCACUCAGCCUCAAACACCAGGACGCUGCCGCAGGAACGCUGGAGUACAUGGCUCCUGAGAUGAUAAAAGGUGAGGUGGUCGGUCCUCCAGCGGAUAUUUGGACUGUUGGAGUCGUAACCCACAUCAUGCUUGGUGGUCGACUGCCCUUCGAAGAUAAAGACCCUUCAAAAGUCGAAUCCAAAAUCCUGAUGGCGAAGUUUGACCCGACCAAACUGUACCCAAACGUGUCCCAAAGUGCCUCUGCCUUUCUCAAGAAGAUGUUGAGCAGUUACCCAUGGGCCCGUCCGACCACACGAGACUGCUUCACACAGGCCUGGCUGCAGGACUCCUACCUUAUGAAGCUGAGGAGACAGACGCUCACCUUCACCUCCGGCCGGCUCAAAGAGUUCCUGGUGGAACAACAGUGCCGUCGCACAGAGGCCGCCACCAAGCACAAGGUGAUGCUGCGCACGUACCAGAGCUCGCCUCAGUCGCCGGCAUCCGGGACCGCACCGCACGUUCCCAGCCCGAAGUGAGACGACAGCUUGGGGGCGGAAAAAAGCAGCGACGACAACAUGAGUUUGUCGAGUUGGAUCUGCCCAUGGUGACGCAAAGGAACAACUUUUUGCAUCUUAACUGCUGCACGGAGAAUGUCAGCAUGCCUUGUGAGCCAGUUAAGACGCAUCGGGCGGGCAGACCAAAGAAAAGAGUCCACGUGGUAUUUCGGGAGCACUGACGGGACUCCGCGAAGGAGACGCCGUGAUGCGUUUGAAUUCAGAAGUUCAAAACUUCUUGUGAACUGUUGAUCCGCUGAGAGGACACAGGAUGUUCUUUGUUUUCUUUUUGAUUGUUUGCACAAUUUCUCAGUCUUGAAAUCGCACAUUUGGGUUUUUUCGGUCUCCACUCUGCACGAUCAGCCUGAAACAUGUGUAUCAUUCAGCAUUUAGCGUUUCAGGAAAUUUAGUAGUAGUCAUGUGAAUGCAUCAUGAUUUAAGCUGCUAAUUAAUUUUUUUCUUUUUGCAUUUACUUUACACAUUUUAAAACUCCAAAACCAAAAAUAUUUUUUGUUUUCAUCUUGAAAUCGUUUACUUUUUUCAUGUUAAUUUAUUUGCAUGUGUGUGCGCGCGCAAGCAUUUUUGAUUCACCUUUAAAAAAAACAAAAACAAAACAUAAAAAUACAGAGUGUAUUUGUGAUUGGUGUCACACAGUAAAAAUGAACUAUUUUAGAACGAGCUAGAAACUUUUUUGGUACAACUUUCUUGUUCUGUGGUUAACUGAACUCUAACUGUACACACAAUGAUGAAAAGCAGUCCAUAAAUGUAGAUACACGCUGGUAGAUUGCUGUGGUUUCUCAGUAUUACCCAUCGGUCGCGGUCAGGUUGCUCCAGAUCGUGAUCACCCAGUCAGUGCCUAAAUCGGAUUAAUAUCCAAAAAUACCUUGUAAAUGUGUCUCCAUUGGUCACGAAAUUUGACUGCAACAUUUGGAUUUUACAACAACAGAUUGUCACGUACGAACAACACAGCACAUGCAGUCCUUGUAAUAAUAGAGCGUCUUGUGUAUUGAUCUAUCACAGUGUUCCUUUUGUAUGAAUUUGGACGGUUGAAGAUUUGUAAAUGUACCAAUUUGCGGUGUUUAUAUGUGGACAAAGUUGAACAUGUUUUUAUGAGAUAGUAUGUAAUAAACCAUUGAUACAAUUGGGA